AUGUUUAGAAGAUUAUUUAGACGAUUCACAUUUUCAACAGAAAAACAAGUUGACUAUUAUAAAUUGACAGAUUAAAUUAUGAAUGCUUAAGUUGAAAAUGAAGAGUUGAAAUUAGCCAUAUAGAAAAUUAUUUUUGAUAUGAAAUCUGUGACUGAAAGGGCUUAUUAAUUUCCAUUGGUUGAAUAAGUAUUAUCUUCAGUUAAAUCUCAUUAUUUAUGUGUUGCAGCAGUAGAAUAAUUUGUUGGAUCAAUGUGUAUAGAUAUAAGUUUAAUUUUAGUUAGACACUCCAAAAAAUGAAUAAAUUACAUAAUUAUUUUUAUCUCAUGCAAAAAAGAAUGCAGUUGAUGAGCCUGAAAAAUUAAAUACUGAAUAUUAUUUGGCUUAUUUAAAAAAAUUAGAUGCAUCUUAAAAAGGAGAUUAAGCUAAAUUUGAUGAUGCAUAACACUAAUUAUUAGAAUUAGCAAAUAAAGGGAAUAAACCAGCUUAACAUUUAGUGGCUAAAGAAAUGUAUAAAGUAGCAAUGAAUAUGAUGUAAUCAAAACAAAGAAAAGAUAGAGAGAAAUUAUUAAAAGAAGCAUAUAAAUUAUUUUUUGAUUGUGCAGAAAAUGAAUUUCCACAUUCUUAUUAUUAUAUUGGAGAAAUGGCAGAAAGAGGUGAUACUCCUGGAGGAAUAGAUUUAAAAUUUGCUAUAGAAUGUUAUUUUAUUGCUGCUGCUUAUGAAAAUCCUUAAGCAUUCUUUAAAUUAGCUAAAUUGUACAUUCUUUUGUUUUUCUAUAAUAGUCAUCGUGAAGGAAUAGUUUGUGAGAAAGAUCCUAAUUUAGAAUUUCAUUACACUAAGAAAGCUGCUGAAAUGGGAUUAUUAGAUGCUUAACACAAUUUAGGUGUAAUAUAUAGAGAAGGUAGAAUAACUAAGAAGGAUGAUUUUAAAGCUUUGGCAUGGUUUACACAUGCUGGAAAUUUAGGAUUUCCUUUAUCUUAGGUAUGGAAAUAUUUAAUAUAUUAAGUUUAAUGCUGGAAUGAUGUAUUGGGAAGGUGGAGAUAAGAUCAAAAGAAAUAAGAAGGCAGCAUUAGUUUGGUUUGAAAAAAUCCAAAAAUCAGGAAUGAUAGAUGUUUCUUAAUAAAUUAGAUAAUUAGCAAAAGAGAUAGAGAAAGAAAUAGAAGAAGAAUGA